AUGAAUACAGAGCUAGAGCUACUUUCCACUGUAUUGCUAUACGUUAGAAAACAACACAAUAAAACUUACUUCAAAUCUAUCUCUCCCGAGUUCAGUUCAGGAACAGUUUCGAAUGCGGCCCGCAGUCCUGUGACGCUGAUUAUGGCUGGACGGGGUAUAAAGCGAUCUGGUCCACUUGUUCUCCAAAAGUGGGGCAAACACACAUUUGGUGGAUCCAAGCUUCAGUUCUUCCGUCAAUGGAAUAUUGACGGUGUAGAGGUCGAUCCGCUUGUCCCACACACUCAGAAGCUUUUCCACAAGCUUGACAGCAAUCAACGAGGCUUCUGUCAGUCUGUCAGGAGUACUUGCAGAUUCAGUGUCGUAAGCGUAGGAGAUAGCGAUAGACUUUUUACCGUGCUGGAAACCUUCCAUUGCGCCGCCGAUAGUUCCACUGGAAAGCGAGUACAAUGCGGAGGAGUUUCUUCCCACGUUCGGGCCGCUGAUCACGAGAUCGACCGGUUUCUUUGCAAUGUAGUUUACUCCGAUGUCAGCGCAGGUGGCAGGGGUUCCAUCCAGAAGACACCAUUCCUUGUAUUCUGGGUUGUUUGCAUAGUCUGGAUUUGGACUUCCAAAUGGGCCGUGGAACGAGUUGUCCUCUGGCUUGUUGAUUGCGGAGUAAACGUACGAAGCGGUGAUGGUCUUACCUGCAAAAUGGGCCUUACCGAUCCACGAUUUUUGCAUCGAGGGCACACAGAUGGUAAGGUCCCAGUUAGUGUGCUUCUCGAUGGCUUCCACCAGGUUGAUGAAGUACUCUUUGAAGUCUGGGUGCAAUGUGGUGGCAUCAACUGCGUAUCCGUGGUUUUGGGAGGUGAUGUGACAUUUUCCAGAGACCAGGUCCAAAGCUGGGAUGUUGUGUGCUCUGUUUCCGUACUUGAGCUUGAUGGUCUUGGCACCAGAGGCCAGAGCCAGCAGCUGGUGACCCAGACAGAUUCCAAAGAUAGGAAGCUCUGGGUACUUGUCCAUAGUCUGUCUCAGGUUUUCCACGGUAGCAGAGCAGUGAGUAGGGUCUCCCGGUCCGUUCGAGAUGAAAACUCCGUCGAACUUGUCGGCAAUGUUCUGCACAGGGUAGUUAUAAGGCAAAACGGUGAUGGAUGCUCCACGAGACACCAGAGACCGCAAGAUAUUUUCCUUGACACCGCAAUCAAGAACAGCAACAUGGUAUUUAGCGUUAGGAGAAGAAACAUGGAAAGGAGCUUUGGUUGUCACCUUGUGCACAAGGUUGACAGCACUUGGAUCGUCAAACGCAGCGUCUUCAUCUGCGUCAUAGGUCUCGCCAAUACUCAGCUUGGCCAGACUCGAACCCUGUUCUCUCAAAUACGAAACCAGCUCUCUGGUAUCGACACCAGUGAUAGCUGCCACUCCUUCACGCUUACACCAUUGACUCAAACUUUCAACAGCAGUCCAAUGGGAGUAUUGCAAAGCAACGUCACUAACAACAAUUCCAAUACACUGGAUGUGAGGCGACUCGAAGUACUUGAGGAGGUUGAACUCAUCUCUGGCAGUUCCGGAUGGGACACCAUAGUUACCAAUCAGAGGCUGUGUGAACACCAAGAUCUGUCCUCUAUACGAAGGAUCAGUCAUUGA